GCUGACUAAUAAUGUAAGACCCACAUACGCCACCAACAUAAUAUGGAGCUUCUUGAUUACGAACGUCGACGAGACAACAAAUAUUCCGAUAUGUUCUCUGGAUUCAAAAGGUCACUGCCCCAAAUAUCCAUCUUUCACCACCCAUCAUCGCCACCAUCAAUUCAGGCCCUAGCACUGCUGCGGAACGCCCUCUCCUCACCCUAUCCCCCUGGAAAGCCAUCGGCGCUCCCACUCGAGUUUGAUCUAGAAGUCGUUGAAACGAAACCUCCGACCGCCGAUCAAUUGAGGACCAUUCUUACGUACAUCACCCCGCCUAGGUCUACCGCACCACCUGCGUUGUCUGCCUUUUUAUCUGCGCAUCCUGCAUCGCCUGGCCUCGGAGAACAGCCUCAGAGCGUGAAAGGUAUCGUGAGUCUUGCGGAGCGAAAUCCGAACGUGUUCAAAUGGCCUGUUGUCGUGGACUGGAAUGGUGGCCGUGCUAGUGUAGGGGACGUUGAGGGCGUCAGAGCGAUUUUGGAGGCCAUCAGGCAACAGAGAGAUGGGGAAGUGAAACAAGAUGAAGUGGAUCAGCCUAAAGGCUGGUUCUCAUAAACGUUCGGGCGGGGAACUGACAUUUUGACGCAUGCAUCGUACGUCCUGAGGACUAUACUCCAGAUUUCUGAUUGUCCAGCUGCACACUGGAAGGAACGUACAGCGUGUCAUUUGGUAUAUAUUCUGUCCAUAUGGUAAAAAGGUAGCAAUGCAUACAUAUGUAUUAUAAUUAU